CCUUUCUUCAUUUGUGACAUCAUUAUAACAGGAUGUGACAAUGGAAUGUUCGGUAAGAAUUGCACCAGGAAUUGCUCAGAAAACUGUGUUGGAAAAUCAUGUGAUAUUUUGAAUGGGAAAUGUUUGAGCGGAAUGUGUUCAGAUGGUUGGCAAGGAGAAGAUUGCAAUCAGAAAUGUAACAAUGGAACAUAUGGAACUCAGUGUAAAUCACACUGUGGAAACUGUAGAGAUAGGGAGUUUUGUGAUCACGUGACCGGAUAUUGUAAAGGAGGUUGUGAAGAUGGAUCGAAGGGAGAUAAAUGUGACAAAGUUUGUCUUGAUGGCACCUUUGGUUUGAAUUGUAUGGGCAAAUGUGGCAAGUGCAGAGGAGGCCAGAGUUGUGACAAGUCCUCUGGGUUUUGUUUGAAUGGCUGUGAGAAUGGGUAUUUUGGAGAAAAAUGCAUAUUACAAUGUCCCGAUGGAACAUAUGGAUACCAAUGUAACUCAUCUUGUGGAAAUUGUAAAGACAUGAAAGAUUGUCAUCACGUGACCGGAUAUUGUAAUGGAAGUUGUGCUGAUGGAUCAAUGGGAGUGAAAUGUGACAAAGAGUGUCCGUUUGGAUUUUACGGAAAAGAUUGUUCUGAACGUUGCAGUAUCUCUUGUGGUUCUAAAUCUGAACAGAAAAGUAUAUCAGAUGAGGUAAAUACAUGUAAACCUACUACGGAAGGUGAUAACAAUGUUAUCGUAUAUGCUUUGGGGACUGUACUGAUAUUUUCCUUGUUGGCGAAUAUUAUUCUUGUGGCAAUGUGCAUUAUAAGAUUUCAUAGAAAACGGAAGGAUGAGGUUUAUAGCAAACCAUCACCGAUGUAUGUAAACAUAAGAGAUGGACACAGAAAGAACAAUCAACCUUUAGAAGGAAUGGCGAUAGACCAACAGAAUGUACAGUAUGAGUCUUUGGGAGUUCCAUCCCACGAAACUCAUUACGAUGCCUUAAAAUAAAGA